AGGCGGUGCUGGGCUCAGGCUCUGCUCCACGGGCGGAAGAGGCGGCGGCGGCAGGAGCGGCGGCAGCGGCGGCAGGAGCCAAGGAGCAGGCUCCAUACGCUGCUUAGGAACCGGGGACCCACGAGUGCCCGCACCCUGAGCGCUCAGCUCCUGAGGCGUCAUGGCAGAGUACGGGACUCUCCUUCAGGACCUGACCAACAACAUCACCCUUGAAGAUCUGGAACAGCUCAAGUCAGCCUGCAAGGAGGACAUCCCCAGUGAGAAGAGUGAGGAGAUCACUACAGGCAGUGCCUGGUUUAGCUUCCUGGAGAGCCACAACAAGCUGGACAAAGACAACCUCUCCUACAUUGAGCACAUCUUUGAGAUAUCCCGUCGUCCUGACCUACUCACUAUGGUGGUCGACUACAGAACCCGCGUGCUGAAGAUCUCGGAAGAGGAUGAGCUGGACACCAAGCUAACCCGUAUCCCCAGUGCCAAGAAGUACAAAGACAUUAUCCGGCAGCCCUCUGAGGAAGAAAUCAUCAAAUUGGCUCCCCCACCAAAGAAGGCUUGAGCAAGGGGGAGGAAGAAGAGGAAGGUUGAUCUUCAUCAGACCACUCCCUUCCCCAUCCUCACCGGGAGGGGCUAGGGCACUCCCCCUGCCCUGUACCCACUUACUAACUUGGUCCUAACCCCCUUACUUUGCGCGUGUGUGUGCGUGUUCACACGCUCUGGCUGUCUGUCUGUCUAGCUCAUCUAGUUCCUCCUCAUGAGGGGACUGGAGUCAGGGGAGGGGGGGCUUAAUUUCCCCACUAUAGGGGAGGUGGAAGCUAUUUCUAUGUAAAUAGAAAUCGGCACAUUCCUCCUCCUCCCCUUUCCUCCACUCUUCCCCCACAUCUUUAAAGUAUGGAAGCAGAAAGGACCUGCAUUUUCCUGCACUGAGGAGUUAAGGUAAAGAUGAGGUAUGGGAGAGAUGGUUAGAGCUAAAGAAAACCAAUGGGGAAGGAAGGUAAGAGGCAACUCAACCUCUACCUGGAAGGGGAAAGCAAAGCCAGAAUUCAGUGUUUGUAAAUCUCUGCUGGACUGGCUGGAGUCCAGCUUCCUGCUGUUCCUUAGGCUGAAGUCCUGAGCGCCAGUAGGCCCUCUUUUAUGCCCUUGUCAUGGGCCUGGGAUGGGUAUGAGCCAGAAAUCUUAAUGAGAAGACCACUAGAUCCUUUCCUGGCCGCCCCCCAAAAUCAAACCCCAUGGAAAAGCCAGCAUUUGAUGUCCCCAACUUCUGCUCUGGAGAGACUAUGCUGGGACCAAGCACUACUGAGCCUGAGAUAGGGAUGCAGGCAGAGACAGGCCCACUUUCUACUCCUUUAUUCCUAAAUAGAGACUGUUGAAUAUACUGACCCUGAGCCUAAGGAGGUUGGGGAAUGAGAUCUGUAGGUUUUAACCUCAACCUGCCCACACCUAAGGGUCCCAAUAUGGAUAUUGUAGGUAGCCUUCACAUUCUGGAAUACCCCAAAAAAGGAGUUAAUUACAGUGGUUUCCUUUGCGCUGAUUACCACCCUAAUUCAAUCCAGGAAGGGACUUGGUAACCUUUCUCAUUUGGGUUUGUGGAUGCCGCCAAGUCACAGAGUACAGUGAGUGAACCCAGCCUCUUACCUGUCCCAAGAUGCCCUUCCCCAUCUUGACCGUGCUAACUGUGUGUACAUAUAUAUUCUACAUAUAUGUAUAUUAAACCCGCACUGCCAUGUCUGCCCUUUUUUUGUGGUUUUUGGCAUUAACUUAUUGUCUAGGCCAGAGCAGGAGUGGGAGGGGAUUGUCACAGUGAAGGGAGUGACAGAGCCAAAUUGUUACAUAGCCCAAAUGGAAAAGAAAGCAUUUAAACCAACCACAGCAAACAUUAAAUUUACAUGUGAGCUCAGAGACUAUUUAGAGGAAGUUGAAGGUAGGAGCUUCUAGGAUGUGGGAGCAAAGCUUCACAGGAGGGGAGGCCAGGCUGUCAGAAGAGGAAGAAGCCAGACUGGCCAGCUAGUGCAUUCAACUCCUAGCCCAGCCCAGUCUGCCCAUCCCCUCUGGCCACUGCUGCAGACACCUGCCUUAACACACACACCUCCAAGACUCCAGUUUUGCCUUAAAGGUCUUUCCUAAGUCUCCCUAGUCCUGUCUGGCUUCUCCUUUAAGAAAAUAGAGACUUGUACAGCUGGGAGAAAGGAAGUAAGCAUAAACCAUCCUUCCAUCUGGGAUGGUAUGAGAGUGAGACGGAGCUUUCCUUAUUUAUGGGAGAAACGGGAGAAGAGAGAGGGUGCUUUUCAGCAGUUUCUCUGUAAGGCAAAAAAAUAAACUUUAAAUAGACUAACCUGCCCUAAUAGACUGACCUACCCUGCUAUCCUUGUGCUGCCGUGAGGUUGCCCCUAGCCUGUGCUCCUGUCUGCAGCAUGCACGGCCUUGUUCUAACCCUGGAAUAAAGGUGACUGACUGUACUGUA